AUGGUGGAUUACGUUAAUUACAAGAUGUCUGGAAGCGAUGACGAAUUCGAUGCGCAGACCCAAACGGGAAUGUCAAAGGCAGAAUUGCGAAGGAGUAAUAAACCAAUAAUGGAGAAGAGGAGACGAGCCCGAAUAAAUACAUGCCUCGAAGAGCUCAAGAGUUUAAUCCUCGAAGCAAUGAAGAAAGACCCCGCCCGCCACUCGAAGCUGGAGAAAGCUGACAUCCUCGAGAUGACAGUGAAGCACCUCCAGACAGUCCAGCGUCAACAGCUGAAUACAGCGGUGGCAACGGAUCCCGCUGUCCUAUCAAAAUUUCGCUCUGGUUUCUCCGAAUGCGCCGGCGAGGUUUCCCGCUACGUCAAUCACCUCGAGAACGUCGAUUCCGCGGUAAAACAGCGACUGGUGACCCACCUCAACAGCUGCGUGACGAACCUCCAGCAGAUGGCGCCAUUCUACAGUCACUUCGUCCCCUACAUGCCGGACAGGUUGUUCCCGGAGGUGAAGGUCGGCUUUCAGAGUGACUUCCACAGCGGAGAUGAGAACAACAACGGUAGCGCCAGAAUCCAAAUACCAUCGGGGGUACAGCUCAUCCCGAGUAGAUUACCAACGGGUGAGCUUGCGCUGCUGGUACCGCAGUCCGCAGGAAUCUCCGCCAAUUUUCCCUUCUUCCCGCCGUCUGCGGAGCCCUCGAGGACCGGAGGAACGUCGGCCUUCACAGCUGUCCACCGGGCUCACAGUCCUCUCCUCAGUCCGUCAACGUCGACCUCGAGCUUCGGAGAGGAGAGCCAUCACUCCGAGGCACAUCAGUACCGACACACCGAAUCCCCAAGUCAUCAUCGAUUCAAGAUACCUGAGGCUAGUCCCGCCUCGUCGAAGAGCUCACCCGAAACGCAAAAGUCACAAAUAAGCUCGACAAGCGAUCGCAAGUCGCCGAUUGCUGUGUUCGUUGAACCAAAGAGUGAUGUCACAACUUCGAGGAGGGAUGUGCCUCAGGAGGCGGGGGACGCUAGUAGUAAAGUUCAGAACUUACGGCAGCCCUUGUCAGUUAUCACGGAUAAGGCGUACAAUCGGGGUUCCGUGCGGUCUAGGAGGGAGGGUCUCAAGCGACAUCAUUCUGAUGGGCUUCUUGUUAUUUCGGAUAAGAGGCCGAAAUACCAAGAGGCAUCGAGCUCCACUGUCUCUGUAACCACGUCUAAUGGGACUGGGUUUAGAAGCAGGGAAGAGUAUGCCAUCUCCGCGGAAGAUUUGUCCGGGAAGGCUAAGGCUUUUUUGGGACUGGGUAAUGGACAUCCGCAGGGUCCGGGAGGACCUGGUGCCGGAUCGUCACAGGGGGGUGGCGACAUGUGGAGACCAUGGUGA